AUAAACAGGGGCUGCCAAGGUAGAACCAAUGUUGGGCCAACAAUCAUUUUAGGCAUACGUUGGUGAUUUCUACACGGGUAUAUACAUAUAGUAUUUAAAUUUAAGUGCAAUCUUUUUUUAUGUACAAAUUGCAAAUAGUGUUUUAGCAUUAACUACAUGGAAUUUCCAAGAAAAUGAUAGAAAGUUUUUUUUUUCAAAUUCGUAAAUUAGCAUUCUGCAUUGCAUUUUCAAUGAAAGUGCCUUUGUUUACAAGAAUAUAUGAUUCAAGAUUACAAUCCAGUUUCCGGUGUUAUGUUUUGAAUCAUUGUUUCAACUUAUAGAGGAACAGGGCAUAUGUGUAUCCUUUACAUAUAUAAACGAUAGAAAAUAUUUUAAAAAGUUCAGUACCUGCUUGGCUUAACUUUUUCCAUUUGUAGAAUAAGUGAAAAUAAAAAUAAUGAAGGUAUUUUUAGUGUUUUUAGUGUCAUUAUUUAUGAUUCAGAAGAAAAUAACAUGUCAAAGUAAUGUAGACAAAAUGGAUGGAGCUUUUGAUCUUUGUUUAAAAGAAUACGAUAUCACAGUGAACGAAAUUUAUUCAACACAAGUGAAUUUAACUUGCUUCAAUUCUUGUAUUGCUGUAAAAGCAGGAAUAAUUAAAGACAGGAAAUUUGAUUUGGAAAAAUAUGCAAAAUAUUUGCUUGAUGUUGAGGAUUCAAGAGCGGUUCAGGACGAAUUGAAAGCUUAUAAAUUUUGUGGUGAAAAUUUGCCUGACUUGACAGACGCAUGUGAGCAAUAUCUACACUUACAGAAAUGUGUUGACCAGCAACUAUUUCCAAAUGAAAAUAAAAAUUAGGAUAGAAAAUUAUUUUAUAUAACUCACAAGGCAUAUGAUUCUAAGAACAAUAAAAAAAUAUAAAAAAAAAGAAUACUAAAAUAUGAAUAUCUUUGAAGUAUUUAAUAAAUAGUAAAGAUGGAAAUUGGUUUUUUUUGAAAAAUCAUUAAAAAUGAGCUUUUGCCCGUCAACUUCGGGCCUUUUCAGAUUUAUAAUUUAUUUGACGGGGGAAAAGACGUUGACAGGCAAAAGCUCAUUUUUAAUGAUUUUUAAAAAAUAAAAUGUGGAUUUAAAAAAAAACAAUUUCUAUCUUUACUACAAUUAUGAAAUCCAAAAAAAAUUAACAUCUAUACUACUAUUUAGUGAAUAUUUAAAAAAAAGAAUGUAUGUACCUACUCAAAAAUUUCCCAUGUGAGAAAAAUCAAAGUUGACGAUGAAUUAAAACUAUCUAUUUUAUAUAUUAUAAGAUGAAAUGUAUUUAUAAUUACAUUUAAAAUAUAUUUAUUUUGAGGAUAAAAAUAUUAAUUCUCAACGUUAUUAGAACAUAGUCAAUCAGCAAAUCAGCGUGGCUACAUGGUCAGCGAUGGACAGUUUUUGUGAGCGAUGCGUCCCUUUUGGUCUGGGGUUCAAUCCCCAGUACGUGUGAAAUUUUUAAUUCUUAUUCCAAAUUUUAUAUUCACAAUUAUUGUUAAUUAAUCUUAAGUACUAAAACAGUAAUUGUAAAAAUCUUGAUUAAAUUAAUUAUACAAUUAAAAAAUAGUGAAUUGAAAUAUAAAAAAAUGAAAAUUAA